AUGCUCGGCCGGGCGCACUACUUCCUCGGCAUGGUCGCGCUGUCUGUCCUGUGGCUCGGUACGCUCGUGUGGGUCAUGCACGAAGUCAACCCUGCGCCGAAGAAGGACAUGAACGAGAUCGACUUUCUCGGAGCGGACAUAGACGCGCAAUACAACAUCGCGUCGUCGUCCGACUGUCGAUCGGCUUGCGAAGCGCACCCGCAGUGCCUCGCCUUCACGUACGUCAUCAGCGAGCGCGC